GACGCGACGAUGAUCUCCCCGCCGCCGUCCGAGGGGCGGCUCAUCACGGUGCUGAGUAUCGACGGCGGCGGCAUCCGUGGCCUCAUCCCGGCCACCAUCCUCGACUGCCUCGAGUGCAAGCUCCAAGAGCUGGACGGUCCGGACGCUCGCAUCGCGGACUACUUCGACGUGAUCGCCGGGACGAGCACUGGCGCGCUGGUGGCAUCGAUGCUUGCGACGCCGGAUGAGAACAAUCGACCUCUCUUCGCCGCCAAGGAUAUCAGCGACUUCUACUUCGAGAACGGGCCCAAGAUCUUCCCGGACAAGGGCUUCCUGGCUUGGGUGAGGAAUUUAAUCGACUUGAUGACGGGUCCUAAGUACGACGGCAGGUUUCUGCACGAUCAGAUCAGGAGCCUCACCGGCCACGUGACCAUCGCCGACACCGUCACCAAUUGCAUCCUGCCCACCUUCGACAUCAAGUUCCUGCAGCCGGUUAUCUUCAACACAUACGAGGCCAAGAAGGAGCCGCUCAAGAACGCCCUCCUGUCUGACAUCUGCAUCAGCACGUCGGCGGCGCCCACCUUCUUCCCGCCGCACUACUUCAAGACCUACAAUCCAUGGGGCAAGGUCCGCGAACGCGAGUACAACCUUAUAGACGGCGGCGUGGCCGCCAACAACCCCACCAUGGCUGCCGUGUCAAUGAUCACCAAGGAGGUCUUGUGCCGGAACAUGGACUUCAACCUCGGCAAGCCCGCCGAGUACAGCAACUACCUCAUCCUCUCCGUCGGCACCGGCUCGGCCAAGCUGGCGGAGAUGUACACCGCGCCGGAAUGUGCCAGGUGGGGCCUCCUCCAGUGGCUCCACGAUCGCUGCUUCACCCCGAUCAUCGACAUGUUCUGCCACGCCAGCGCCGACAUGGUCGACAUCCACGCCGCAGUGCUCUUCAAGGCUCUCGGGGCUGAGAAGAACUACCUUCGCAUCCAGGACGACUCACUCCUUGGGGACACCGCGUCCGUGGAUAUCGCCACCGAGGAGAACAUGGUGGCACUAAUCGAGAUUGGCAACAGGCUGCUCAACAAGAAGGUGGCCAGGGUGAACAUCGACACUGGGAGGUAUGAGUACGUCAAAGAUGAGGGAACCAACGAGGAGGAGCUCGCGCGCUUUGCCAAGGAGCUCUCCCGAGAGCGCAAACUGCGCCAAACCACCCUCUCCUCCUACUAG